GCUUGCUCCUCCGCUCCCUCCUCGUGCUGUCCUCGCCGUGCACGCGCGUGGUACCCACGGUCGUGAGGAGGAGGAGGAUGUUGCGCGUGAAGGGGAAAUGGCUGCCGAAAACAAGCCGGAAGGACUGAAGAAAGUUCGUAAUCCGGAUCGAAUGUACAGAUCAGCAGUGUGUUAUGCUGGCCAUGGUCCACCUAAGAGUAUCAGUGAUGACACAGAGAUGAACAAUGAACAUGGACAUUUGAAAAUAUACCUGCCCAAGAAGCUGCUUGAAUGUCUACCAAAAUGCACCUCGCUGCCAAAGGAGAGACACCGGUGGAACACUAAUGAGGAGAUUGCGGCGUACUUGAUAACAUUUGAAAAGCAUGAAGAAUGGCUAACGACAUCCCCUAAAACAAGGCCGCAGAAUGGGUCGAUGAUAUUGUACAACAGGAAGAAAGUGAAGUACAGGAAGGAUGGCUACUGCUGGAAGAAGAGGAAAGACGGGAAGACCACACGGGAGGAUCACAUGAAGUUGAAAGUGCAGGGAGUUGAGUGUCUCUACGGCUGCUACGUCCACUCCUCCAUCAUCCCCACCUUCCACCGCCGGUGCUACUGGCUGCUCCAGAACCCUGAUAUUGUGCUCGUCCACUAUUUGAAUGUUCCAGCCAUUGAGGACUGUGGGAAACCAUGUGGUCCGAUUCUGUGCUCCAUCAAUACAGACAAGAAGGAGUGGGCCAAGUGGACCAAGGAGGAGCUUAUCGGACAGCUCAAACCCAUGUUUCAUGGCAUCAAGUGGACUUGCAGCAAUGGGAACAGCAGCUCUGGCUUCUCAGUGGAGCAGCUAGUGCAACAGAUUCUGGACAGCCACCAAACUAAGCCACCUCCCCGGACUCACAACUGCCUCUGCACGGGCACCCUGGGUGCGGGGAGCAGUGUGCACCACAAAUGCAACAGCGCCAAACACCGCAUCAUCUCCCCCAAAGUGGACCCCCGCUCAGGUGGAUACAGCAGUGCCCACUCUGAGGUACAAAACAACGAUGUGUCAGAGGGCAAGACCGAGCACAGCACCCAUGGUGGAGGUAAAGGCUCCGGGGGAGGCGGCGGUGGCAGUGCCAGGGAGAAACGCAAUGGCAAAGUCCACAAGCCGGUCCUGCUGCACCAGAACAGCACAGAGGUAUCAUCCACCAACCAGGUUGAGGUCCCAGAUACCACGCAAAACUCCCCGGUCUCCAUCAGCAGCGGCCUCAACAGUGAUCCAGACAUUGCUGACAGCCCUGUGGUGACGGGGAUGAGCCACGUGGCCUCUGUCAUGUCUGGCCUGUCCCAGAGUGUCUUUAUGUCUGAGGUAACAGGAGAUCCUGUCUACAGCAUGUCUCCUACAGGGGGUCCCAACUCUCACCUGAUGGGCGCAGAUGCCACCUCACAGGGUUUGGUGCUGUCUGUCACCUCUGAUCGUCACAAGUUUGCCUUCCCCAGCGGAGGAGUCGGGGAACCUGGGACAACCGCAGCAGGAGACCUGUCCAUGUUGUCUGCAGCUGGUGUGUCUGAGGAACUGGUGCUCUCCAGCAGUCUAGAUUCUGGAGCCAUCAAGAUCCCAGAAACCAACAUGAACUUUGAUCCUGACUGCUUCCUGAACAACCCUAAACAGGGCCAGACAUAUGGAGGCAGUGCAAUGAAGACAGAGAGCAACUCUUCUUCAACCUCCUCUUCCUCUGGUGGCAGCAAUAGCACCAAUGGCAGUCUUCACCGCUCCCCCACCAUUCAAGACAAUAGCUACACCUACAGUUCAGCUUUGGUAAAAAAUAUCAAAACAGAAGACACAUCAUUUGAGCAGCAACUGGCAAAGGAGAGUGGCUACCAAGUGGGUACAGUAGUAAAUUGUGGAAGUGGGGUGUCUGUGGCGCCGGGUGGUGGUUCGGGUCAGGGAAGCCUCACGCUGACCCCUGCAGGCUCCCUUGUUCCUUCUGGUGGGGGUCUCAGUCCAAGCACCACCCUGGAGCAGAUGGAUUUCAGUGCCAUAGAUGCCAAGCAGGACUAUACUUCCAACACAACCACAGUGAGCUACGGUCAAGCCAUGUCCAGUCCUCACAUGCAGCACCAGAGUCGUUCACCCAGCUUCUUCCUCCAGGAUGCCUCUCAGACUGGCCAGGCUCAGCAGGGAAGGCCCAGCAUGGGCCAGAAAACACAUCUGAUGGAGCACAACUCCCAUGACUCCGGUGCUUACAUGGGGCUACAGGUAGUGAAGACAGACUCUCCUGGCAGCAACGGCCACCUCCACCACCAUCACCAGGGCCACCAGACCCAGCACAGGGCCAACUGCAAUGGAGGCUCACCCACAGAGGGUCCUGGCCAGGCUGGUUCUCUCCAGCUCCUCCAGUACCAGGGGACCUUUCCUGGGCUUGGCACUGAGCACGAGGAAGUGGUGAGUCUAGAGCAGUCCGGCAACGUGACCUCAGCCCAGACUGGAGCCACCGAGAAUGGAGCAGAGAAUUUAAUGAAGGCGGGAGAUCACAUUCAGUCCUGUGGGGCAGGGAAUGGAGAUGGAGGAGGUGCAGAGCAUUACCUGCAGCAGGCCUCUGAUGGUGGUGCAGGAGCAAAUGGAGGUACAGGAGAAGGGGUAGCAAUUCAUAAUGGAAACAACAAUGGUGAUGGCAGCAACCGGUCCCAGCAGCAACAGCAGCUGCAGCCUCUCCUCCAGGGUACAAGCAUAGUCCAGGGACUCUACAAUACUGUCAGCACCCAUCAGGGCCUUGGUGGCGGAGCCAGUAAUGGAGGAGCAGGGGGCACUGGCAUGGAGAUCAGUCUGGAUCACUUUGACAUCUCUUUUGGAAACCAGUUCUCUGACCUCAUCAAUGACUUCAUUUCAGUGGACAGUAGUGGAGCUACCAUGUCAGCUGGAGGAGCUUUGUACGCUCACCAGUUAGUCACAUCCCACAGCUCUGACGGUCAGAACACAGCUGCGGGGGCCCCACAGCAAGGCCAGGAAGAUGGAGGGCCUCGAGGGUCUGGCUACAGCAGCUCAGAGCUUUGCCUUCAAUCCUGCUGCAGUCCCCAGUCUCUGAGUGCAGGGGCUGGAGCAGCAGGAAACACAGGAGAUGCAGGCUCAUUGUCCUACAUGAAUGUAGCAGAGGUAGUCUCUGCAGCGGUAGCCCAGGGGGCUCUGGGGAUGCUUCAGGCCACAGGUCGGCUCUUCAUGGUCACCGACUACUCUCCUGAGUGGUCCUACCCUGAGGGCGGAGUUAAGGUGCUGAUCACUGGUCCCUGGCAAGAGGCGAGUUCCAACUACAGCUGUUUGUUUGACCAGAUCUCAGUUCCAGCUUCUCUCAUCCAACCUGGGGUGCUGCGCUGCUACUGCCCAGCUCACGACACCGGCCUGGUGACACUGCAGGUGGCCGUCAGUAACCAGAUCAUCUCCAACUCUGUGGUGUUUGAGUACAAGGCCCGCGCUCUUCCUUCACUGCCAUCAUCUCAGCACGACUGGCUCUCGCUAGAUGAUAACCAGUUCAGAAUGUCUAUCCUGGAGCGCUUGGAGCAGAUGGAGAGGAGGAUGGCGGAGAUGGCCAGCCACCAGCAGCCGAGCGGUGCAGGGAGUGGCGGAGCUGGGGGAGGGACAGGGGGGACCGGGGGAGGUGGAGGGGGAGGCAACAACAGUCAGUCACAGUGCGUAUCUGGCCAGAUGCAAGCUGGCAGCUCCUUUGAGAGCCGUGUCGUGGUGGUCUGUGAGAAGAUGAUGAGCAGAGCUUGCUGGGCCAAGUCCAAACAUUUAAUCCACUCCAAGACCUUCAGAGGCAUGACACUUCUUCACCUGGCUGCAGGCCAGGGUUACGCCACACUUAUCCAGACACUCAUCAAGUGGCGCACUAAGCAUGCUGAUAGUAUUGAUUUGGAGUUAGAAGUGGACCCUCUGAAUGUGGAUCACUUCUCCUGCACGCCUCUGAUGUGGGCAUGUGCACUGGGUCACCUGGAGGCAGCAGUGGUAUUAUACAAAUGGGACAGACGUGCCCUAGCUAUCCCAGAUUCUCUGGGCCGCUUACCCCUCUCAAUUGCCCGCUCUCGUGGCCAUACAAAAUUGGCUGAAUGUCUGGAGCAGCUACAGAGGGAAGAGCAGCAGGCACAAGCCCCUCUACCACACUCGACGCGCAUGUCUUUCUCCCCGGGCCCAGAUGCCCCCACCACAGACAGCUGGAUGGUCAGCUGGGCAAACGACAGUGUAGUGGCACCCAGCAGCAAGAAAGGAGGAGGUCCUGCCACCACAACAACCACAUCCAGCACCGGCCUCAAUCCAGACUUAAGAAGGCCCAGGUCAGAGCCCUCCAACUACUACAGCAGUGAGAGCCAAAGAGACCUCCCUCUAGCUAAAAAGCAUAAACCCAACCCAGAACUCUCUCAGACAAGGCCCGACAAGGCCAUGUCUGCUCCUCUGAGCCUGGAGCAGCAGCAGCUCCACAAGUUGUCCUCUAGCCCCAAGAGCCUGUCCUCAGAAGGCUUGAGCUCAGACAAGGGCCUGUCCACAGGAGGCUGCACAGGGACGGUCAGGUGGACCUCGAGAGAGAGUGGAUUCUCCAACAGUGGAUUAGGAAGGAAGACACUGGGGGUCAGUGGAGGCAGUAGCCUGGGGAAAGAGAAACUGGUCAACCGGUUGCGCCAGCGGGAGCAGUUAGGCAUGCUUGUAAUGGCCGACAGAGACAUGUCUGAUGCAGAACUGCUAUCCUAUCGGGAGGAUCUGGAGAACCAGGACUGUCUCACACAGAUGGAUGACCUGCAGGUAAACAUGAUGACUCUGGCAGAGCACAUCAUCGAAGCAACACCGGAGAGAAUCAAGAGGGAGAACUUCACCGCUGCAGACUCUGCUCCUUUAGACACGUCAGGGGUCAGCAACACCAUGAACUGGCUGGCCAACUACUUGGGAGAUGUGGAACAGUUGCCGAGCAUCAUACACUUGCGAUCUCUUUAUAAUGAACCGCUGACACCCUCGUCCAAUCCCAGCCUCAGUCCUGGAGGGUCACCGCUGCGAGAGGGCUCCCUGGAGCGCUCCACACUCCCAUCCCCAGCCGACUGGAGUGAGUUCAUCAAUGCCUCCAACAGCAAGGUGGAACGAGACCUGGCCCAGCUGACUCUUUCAGAUCCAGAGCAGAGAGAGCUGUACGAGGCUGCCCGCCUCGUCCAAACUGCCUUUCGCAAGUACAAGGGACGGCCGCUCCGUGAGCAACAGGAAGUAGCUGCUGCUGUUAUUCAACGUUGCUACAAGAAAUACAAACAGCUAACAUGGAUAGCCUUGAAGUAUGCACUUUAUAAGAAGAUGACGCAGGCCGCCAUCCUUAUCCAGAGUAAAUUUCGCAGCUACCACGAGCAGAAGAAGUUCCAGCAGAGCAGGAGGGCUGCUGUGCUGAUUCAGCAAUACUACCGAAGCUACAAGGAGUUUGGGAGGCUGAAGCCCCAUCAUCGCGGGGCAGCUGCUGCCCUGGUGCAGCACAAACUGAGAGGUAGUCUGCUCACAAAGAGGCAGGAUCAGGCUGCCAGGAAGAUCAUGAGGUUCCUACGCCGCUGUCGCCACAGCCCCUUGAUGGACCAUAGACUGUUCAAGCGGGGCGAAAGAAUUGAAAAGGGCCAGGGAACAUGAGACCCCUCAGAGGAGCCCCCUCGCGAUGUGACAUCACUCUCCUGACUCCUCCUUUGUUUUUCGUUGGUACCCGAGACAUUUUACAAGAGAAAUGGAAAAAAGACACUGAUGCAAGCGCUGCAACUAUUACUUCUUCUUCUGCAGCGUUACUGAUUCAACUAUUAUUACAUGUACGACAGCAUUUUUCACAUUACCUUUUCUUUCCACUGACCUGAUUUUUGGUCAGAGAGUGGCAACUUCAAAUGGGGAUUAUAGACUCUGCAGAACAUUUGCUUCGUGGCAUUUUUUUGCACUUUUUUCGUUGAUCGCUUUUGUCGUUUUUGUAUAUGAAGAAGAGGUAGCGGGAUGAUCAAGGAAGCAAACCCUGGACAUGUCUGAGGAGGUCUGUCUCACGUGAGGACCCACGUGGGACGUACAAUCGCGGCUGCUGCAGAAGAUCUCAGAGGAGGGAGGGGAGGAGGCAGACCAUGCAGAAACACUCUGGGCUCUAAUUGUAUUUCAUAGUUUUUUUAAGUGACCAGUCACUUCAUUUGAAGAACGGAUUUUUUUUUUUUUACCAGAUCUUUUAACGCCAACGUCUCUCCAACUGCUGUAGAUGAUACAAUAUUCAAAUUAGCUCCACAGCUCCUCCUGUCCCACUGUGCUCUACCCCACCAGUCUGCCCACAUGGGUGGAGCUACACAUGAAUGUAGUUUGGGGGGGGGGGUUUUAACAUGCAGAUGCAGGUGGUGGAUAAAAUGUUUGUUUCACCAUUUUUUUAAAAAAAGAAAAGAAAAGAAGAAGUUCUAUGCUUUAUCGAAAUAUAUUGUCACUUUAUUACUUAAAUUUGUUCCAUACUGUCCAACGUAUUUGAUCCACCAUGUCCAAUAUAUUGAUGAUCUGUAUCUUCAGACUCUAUGUUGUUGAAUCCUACCAAGAAAAAAAAUGCAUGAAUUCUUGGGCAAGAAAAGUCUUUGCUUGUGUGCUUAUGGUCCAGUCUUUCAGCCUUUCCUUAUGAUUUUCUUUUCUUUUCUUUCUUUCUUUUUUUUGUCUCCACCUCAGUGGAACACACGCCCCAUCGUCUCCAUGAGUUCUACCAUCUCGUUAAUGAAGCUUUCCCUGUAUCGUCCCUUUUGUUCGACUAGAUUGCUCCACUGGAAUCUAACAAGAGAAAGGAACUUGCCUAUUUUAUGUUGUAAUGGUUAUGGUCAUGCAGGUUGUUACUGUUCUUUUUAAAUGAACUUCAGAGCCUGUGAGGGCUUUUGAGGGGAAGAUCACAUACAUUGCCUUGAUGUCUUAGAGAUUCUUUGAGGGGUCCCUAAGCUUGUCCCAAAAUAGGGAUUUGACAAAUCCAUAUUUUUGACAAAUUGAGCGAUUUGUGUAUAUAAAGAAGGCUGAAAGUACGUAGGAAAAACAUUUACCCAAAAGGGAUUGUAUUUUAGAAAUAUAUUAUUUUAUUCAUUAAAAAUGGGUCAAAAACAGGUACGAGACAAAAACAGAAUAUUUGUAUAGUUUUGUUUGAAUGCCUAUGAAGUAUGGUUGUAUUGUUUGUAUAUAGUGUAAAUACCUGGGAUAAAAAUGAGCUAUGUGCAUGAAAAGUAUGAACAGAGUCAAAAGGGAAAAAAACAACAACAAAAGCAGUAGUGGCUAUGCUCUGUAAAAUUAAAACUAUUUCACUAUUAGAGUAUUUUAUUUUAUUUUGAUUGUUCUUGAGAAGAACAUUUUGCUAAAGCAUGAUAUUAAUGCAAUAUGAAAAGGUUUUAAAGGAAAAAAAAUGACCAUAUUUAGAGUUAAGAGAAGUCUGCAGAGUUAUCUUUAAAGUAUGGUUUUGUUUAAUGUUUUUUAAUUUAUGUUGUUCCUGUUUGUUUUGGGCUACCAAGAACAUUUUGCCACUGGUGCCAAGGUAUGUGAAUGCUCUAUAGCUUAAGAAAUUCAUUUUUUUGCAGAACAGAUAAUCAUACAGUGAAAUACACACUCGCACUAAAGACCAUAAGAUCACAACUGGCAGAGGAUCAAUAGACCGACAGUAAGGUACACAGUGUGUAGAUGGAGUCAUAGUAAAGCAGUUAAGCCAAUCGUGUCUCACCAUACCAAUGGACGACUAAAGCAUUUUUCCAUUAUUGAAUAUACCACUGCAAAGUUUUUAAGAUUUAUUUGUGUUGUCAUUGCAAAUAGAAUGUGUUGCAUUACCAAGGUAUCUUGUCUGAUCUUAAAGAUUGUAAACGGCAGCCUUGCCCACGGCGUCUCUAUAAAGCAAUCCACGUUAUUACUCUCUGUCACUGGAAAAGAUUGGAUUUGCCUCUUUAAAUGUUGCGACAAGCACUGAAUUACAAUCCCCGGAGUUGUAAAGUGGCGAGUGGAUUUUACUAAUACAAUGUGUUUUAAUGAAAAACUCCUUGUUCAAGGCUGCCGGGGUGUAAUAGACCAUGAAUUCCAAAAGAACAAAGAUGUCUAGUUGAAAGAAGGAAAAAAAAAAAUAACACGUGUAGCUAUACUGUGCAUGACUGGAUUUCUUGGUGGAGCAGCUGGAAAGUGAAAAUGAACAGUCAAAAGGUGCUAACACAGCAUUAGGAGUUGUCAUUCGCCUCAGUGCAGGGUCAGUGAGCCAACAUGGCUGUAAUGUACCGGUGCCAUUUAUAAUUGUGACUCAGACACAUUAUGUGUCUCGUUUAAAGCGGUUUUUGACGCGUGUGUGAAUGAGAAUAAUCUGAGAGAGAAUCCACAUGAGCUGCUGGUCGAGGUGCCUGCCUCGUUCUUAAAAUGUAUUCUUACCAGAAAUAUGAAAGGGUGUAUUCCAUAUCCAAGAAACAACAAGUGAUUAUUAUUCAGCCAAGUGCCACUGAAAAACUUGAUUUUUCUUCAUUGAAGUGUUAUAUAGUGUCAUACUUUUUUUUUUAAAAUGAUUAUUAUUAGGUGACAUGAGUGUUGAUUUUUUUUAUUAUUAUUAUUGUUGUUUUCCACUCAUCUGAUGUGUCAACUUAAUUUCCUGAGUGUUUAUGUAGAAAGUGCCUAUUCAUAUCCUGAUAACACCAAGCUAAUGUCCGUGUACCUGAGGGAUUUCUGAGAGAACAUGGUCAUCCACAUUUAGUGCUGUAUCUUCUACAUGAAACACAAAGCAUCACUGUCAACCUCGCACUCGCCGACGCCACGGCGCGGUAUUCCCCCGUCCACGACGAUAUCAGUGCAGCACUCCAGCUUGUCGACACGAUUAGUUUCCUUUUUAUUUCCCUGUCGUCGUUUUUAUUCCGUUUAGUACUAGGACAGCUUGUUGAAGCCACAUUUAGAAAAACGCCACUACUGGGGUUUGUUGCCUUUCAUUCAUCCUCAUGUGUGUGGUUAGAAUGCAUAGCCGAUGCGAUGUCGUGGCAAAAACGGAGGAGGAUUUCUUGCGCUUGCAUGGGUAAAAUAGUUAACAGGGUGACAGAACUGCACCUGACGCAUGCUUAUUUUCCUAGAAUUGAUAGUCGGAUAGACUCGUUAAAGAAUUGCUGUUCUGUAAAACAAUGAAGGCCGGUUUGAUGUGUCACAGAACUCAGAAAGACGGAGGGCAUGUGACUGCACAGAGGGCACAGGCCAGUGGUCGUUUUCAUGGCAAAGCAUGGGGGUGGGAUUGUUUUUUUUUAAAGCGAGCUCUAACUUUUAAGACAUUUUCUUUCCUUCUUUUUUCUUUUUUUUUGAUUCAUUUAGAUUUGAUCAGUGUGCUCCCAACUUUCAAACAGAAACGAAAAGGACAAGGUUGGAAGACCAUUGUGCUGUAUAUCCAUCAAGUAUAUAGAGCAAGUAUGAACUGAGUGACACACGAUACUCACUAACAGAUGCACAAGACACCCCACACACAGCAGCACAUAUGCAGACGCCAAAGGCGUCAGUUUCACUAGAACGCCGAGCGGCGACGGCAGCGUUCCUCUUCUCCGUGCCGAGGGACUGGUUCACCUCCCUUAUGUAUUUUACUCAGGGUGCCAAAAUGGGGAGGAGGAAACAGAGGGCGACACAUGAUUCACAACAAGUUGACAUUGAAAAAGUUAGUUUAAAAAAAAAAAGAAGUAGUUUCUGGUGAAGAAUCUGGGGCAGACAGUUCACCACUGUGAUAGUGGAGUCCUUAAAAUGAGUGAAUAUGAACUAUAGUCAAUUUCCUGUCAGUAUCGUUGAAUGAUACAUCAGUGGAGACCUGGGAAUAAAAAGAGUCCUGUUAUAUAUAGCUCAUUAAGAUAAAUGAUUUGACGGUCUUUCAUAGACGCCUGUCAAAUCCUAAUAUAAUUCUGGCCGCUUCUUUAGGCCCGUAAUUUAUCCAAGUGUCAAAGUGUAGAGGGUACUUUAGAUUAAGAGCGUAAUUAUACAAAAAGUUCACCUGCAAAUCUUGUUUUACUGCCAUUUAUGAAUGGGAUGACAGGUUAGCUGAUAGGCUCUCUGCAUUCGUAUAUAUAUAUAUAUAUAUAUAUAUAUAUAUAUACAGUAUUAACAGUCUCAAGAUGUUCUGUUAACAGACCUGGGAAUCUGCCUUUCCUCCUCUUCCUUUUUCCCCCCCGAGCACCCAAACUGGAGAAAGGUAGGCACAUCAGGACAAACAGAACACACACACACACACAGACAGACACACACAGUUUUACCACAUUAUUCCACUCGUGGACACAGAGCAAUAAAGAUUUAUUUUGUGGAGACCUAUAGACCUAGUGAAGUUUAAAAUGAUUGGACACAUGUAGUUGACUUACUCUUAUGCAAAUGCCAGUAUUGCAAGACAAGCAUUCAGUAGUUUAUGGACAGCAAUUAUAUGGCACCCUUUACUGAACUGCACGUUUUCAUCAAUUCCAAACCGAAAAGAAAAAAAACCAGACCCGACUUUGAUAGAAAGUUGCGGGUCCUCGACACUUUGCAUGUGAACUAGUGUUAGAUCUAUUUUCCUCUCCUCUAUAGCUGUCUUUCUCUCUGUCUCUCCCUGUUAUGUGAUCCAGUUUUUUCUCCAUUCCCCCAAACCCGACCCCCUUAAAACGUGUCAUCUCCUCUCGGUUCUCCAGAUGUGUUUAGUUCUCCUCCCCAGCCCACCCGCCCCUGUUUGUAAGUUUUAUUUUUGUAAUUGUGCAUGUACAAGCGUCACUGACUCGAUGGAAAUGUAAAAAGAAAAAAAAAAACAACUAAACAAAACAAAAAAUGAUUUCAGCUGCUGAAGCCAUGCAAAACGUUUUGAAUUGCCCUUAAAAUAUGGAAGAUGUUUUCUGAAUGCUUUAUAUUCUUUCUGCUGUAAAAUAAUAAAAAAAUGAAAAAAUGAAGAAAACUCGA